AUGGCCUGGCUGCCAGCACUGUCCUUGGCUGCCUUCGUGAUUUACAUGGCAGAUCACUUGGGUGGUUGGCUCUCAGUGCGGCUCAGCUCCUUUCGGGAAGACAGUGUUCCAAGUAUGAAAGGCAAGGUAGUCGUGGUCACUGGUGGCAACGCUGGCAUUGGUUGGCACACGGUGCGCUUGCUGGCGGCCGCAGGGGCCAAGGUGAUUCUGGCCUGUCGAGCGGUCCAGAAGGGAUUUGAGCAGGUGCAGACACUCCCGCCGGAGGUUGCGCAGCAGGUAGAAGUGAUGGAGCUUGACCUGGCGGUCUUCGAGUCAAUUGUGGCAUUUUCCAGAAGGUUUCAGGAAAAGUACCAGCAGCUGCAUGUGCUUGUUCUGAACGCGGGGCUUGCCAAGACAUUCCUUGGCAGUGCUGGCUGGAAGUUGACGCCAGAGGGUUUGGAGGAGAUGGUGGGGGUCUCUUUCCUGGGCCACUACCUGCUGUGCCGGCUUCUGUUGCCUGUGCUCCGGCACGGGCACAGCCGGGUCAUCGGGCAGAGCUCUGUGGCCAUGGCCAAUAGCUAUUUGCGGGGCAUUGAUCCAAAGAGCUGGACCUCGAAGCCGCAGGACUACCAUGAUUGGAAGCAGUAUGGUCAGGCCAAGUUGGCGAUGCGCCUCUUCAUGACAGAGUUGCAACGGCGAGAGCCGGGGGUCUUGUGCUUGGCCAACCACCCUGGAGUGGUCGAGAACACCAGUUUGAUGCAUCCGCAGGGUGCAGGAAUCGUGGAGAGAUGGUACGAUGCUUUGCUGUUCAAGCUUUGGGGCAUGCGUGCCGCAGAUGGUGGCCUCCAAACUGCUUGGCUGGCAUCCACCGCUGCGGAGCAGCUGCAAGGAGGGGCUUGCUACAAACCCAUUGGCCGAGAAAGGCGCUUCAUCUCCGAUCCCCUGCAGCGCCUGGGAAACCUGCAAGCUCCGCUGCCCAUGCGCACGGACUUCCCAACUCUUUGGACGGAUGCUGAGAAUGUCGUCAAUGAGAGGGCAGGUGAAAUCAAACAGUGCUACACCUUGAGUAGUGAAAAGCUCGGCGAGGGCGGCUUUGGCUACGUCACAAAGGGCAGAAGUCUGGAGACUGGGAGUCACUACGCCGUGAAGAAAGUCUCCAAGGCGAAAGCCAAGCAGCGGCGGGUGCAAGUCCGGAGCGAGAUCGAUGUCAUGAAGCUGACGGACCACCCCAACGUGGUGACGCUGCAUGAAACUUUUGAGGACAAGUCACAUCUGUACUUGGUGAUGGAGCUUUGUGGUGGAGGAGAUUUGGACAAGCACAUGCAGAGGCAGAAAGGCCCUUACAGCGAACAUCAGGCAGCAAUCCUCAUGGAGCAGAUCCUCAAAUCUGUGAGCUACUUGCACGACUGUAAGGGUAUUUGCCAUCGAGAUCUCAAACCACACAACUUCUUGUUUUUGCGCCAGGCGCCAGUCGAGGCCAAUGUGUUGAAACUGGCUGAUUUUGGCUUGGCGUGCAGCUUUCAGCCCGGAGAGGUACUGAGCAGCAAAGUGGGCACCGUCUUGUACUGCUCACCGCAGGUGCUGGGUGGCGUGUACGACAGCUCUGCAGACCUCUGGAGUUGUGGGGUGAUCAUGUAUAUGCUCUUGGGUCACGAGUUGCCCUUCAGCGGCAAGAAUGAUGCGGAGGUGGCCAAAAGCGUCCGCAAGGGCAACUACGCCUUCAGCGAUCCCGUGUGGCUCUCCGUGUCCGAGGACGGCAAAGACCUCAUCCGGAAGAUGCUGAAGUUCCAGCCCUUCGAUCGCGCCACCGCCUCACAGGCGCGGCAGCAUGUGUGGUUCAGCUUUGCCGCCCCUGAGCUGCGGAGCGCUUGUGCAUUGAGGGCCUCAGUGCUGUCAGAUUUGCUGCGCUUCUCGGCGCGGAGCGCCUUCCAGCGGGCUGCCUUGCGAGCGGUGGCGAUGCAGCUGAGCCAGGAGGAGGUGGAGCCCUUGUGGCGCGACUUCUCAGCACUGGACGUGAAGGGCUGUGGCCUCGUAGGAGCUGCGGAGCUCCAGGAGUUGCUGCAAUCUGGCACGCUCGAUGCUGUUGAAGAAGACCUGUGGAAGGUGGUGGCCAUCCUCCGUGGCCGUCCAGUGGGAGAUGACGUCAUCGGCUUCACUGACUUCCUGGCCGCCAGCCUCCCACGUGUCUUCUCCCACUGGAAGGAGGGCCACUGUCGAAAGGCCUUCCGGAUCUUCGAUCGCAACGGCGACGGGUACAUCGAUGCCAAGGAGCUGGAGUUGGUCCUCCGACGCGAAGGCGAAGAAACCCACAUCGAGGCCUUCUCCUCGAUGCUGCACGAGGCGGCGGAUUCCAAGCAGGUGAGCUACAAGGACUUUGUGAAAUUUGUGAAACAGGGCGCUAGCUUGGAGCUUUGA